AAAGCGCUCCUGCCAGACCGACCACGAAACUUCAAUCCAGACGUCGCGAUUUUUGGUGGGAGUCACAGUUGCGUCCAAAAGACAGGGUAAAUUUAAAUAUUGUAAUUUCAGCAGUUACCCUAUUUUCCAUGAAAGGUUCAGGCACUCCGACCUGUCACUCCGCGGGACCGAAUUUUGCACGGUUGUGAGCCUUCCGGUACAAUGACAGUUUGAAGCCACCAGACGGUACAAGAACGACCGGGCUGGGCAACACAGCGGUUUAGUUAUUCACCUUAGUUGAGUGUGCUCACAAACGAGAAGAAGAAGAAGAAAACCAAGCAACGUCCAAAGAAAUGCACGCCAAACAAAGCAUUAGUAUUGCAGCUCCUGCCUCUGUCGUUUGGGAUCUUGUGUCGGAGGAAUAUGGUGGCGAUCUCCUAUCCAGUUCCAAACGGCAGAAUCCAUCACCAAUUUCUUCAGCAGAGAUGGAGGAUUCCCUCUCUGACCUGAGCUGGACAGUGGAACGGGUGUCAGAAUCUGAGUGCAGAGUUCGUCUCGAAACACCAGUCGUCCUCACACGGAGAGGCUCCUCCUCCGCAGAAGAAGACCAAAGCACUCUCGACCCGGUCCAAUGCUACCUGGAAACGUUGGAAUCCUUGAGUGGAUUGUGCCAGUCGAUCAAGACCAACAUUGAACGAAACUGCUAGCUAGCUGGCUAGCUGCCUGUUGGAGAAAGCCGGAAAGCCUUGAAACCUGUUUUCCACUAGCUAGAGUAUACUAGAGUAUAGUCAAUUUAAACUAUCUGAAGAAAGCACAGGUACACUAGUAAAUGUCAUCAAUUAUUACAGGU